GCUCUUAAUCCCACCACAGUCUUGUACCAAUACCAGAAUGGGAGGAUAUGACUGCUUCUGCUCUCGUCACCUCGUCUACCGCCACGGCCAGCGGAGGCCGCCUUCGCCGGAGCUGCUGCCGCGACGCUUGCUCUUUUGUCUUCAGGUCACGGACUUACACCCCUCGUUCCCAUCAGGACCACCACAAGUUUUUACUCAGAGUUACCAAUGAUUCAUCGAGGGGGACAGAGUUGUCCCAAAAUCGCAGUUUGGAAAGAUCGGAGGUUGAUAAAAUCAUCGAUGGUCUGGAUUUUGGUGAGCUGUGCAAUGAGUUUGAGUGCAUAAGUAGUCCUUUGGUGGAGUCUACAGCUAGACAACUUGCCCGUGAUAUCUUGGAACUUCGUGAAGGCAAUCGUGCCAUGGGGACAUAUGCUGUGUCUGUCAAAUACAAGGAUCCACUUAGAAGUUUCACUGGUCGUGAGAAAUAUAAGCGACCAUUGUGGGUUACUAGAGCAUUGGACAAUCCCUCUGUGGCUGUCCAAGAAAUGGCGAUGCUGUCAACGAGUGUCUUAAUUAUCAAGUGGACAAUCAGAGGGAAGCCUAAAUCCGCAAUUUCAAGUGUGGGAGGGGACUUAAUAAUCAAAGUCACCUCUAAAUUUACCUUGAACCAGAUCAGUGGCCAAGUGAUCGAGCACGAAGAAAUUUGGGAUUUGUCAGCAUCAUCACCUAUCGCUCAAGCAUUUUUCUGGACUUCACGGCGUCUCUUUGCUACAGUUGAGACUGGAAAAGAUUUGACGGAGUAUGUCAAGAAUUUCACCAGCCGCUUGUCAACUAAAAAAGAGAACAUGGAUAUUUAUCCUGACCCCUCUGGUGAUCCAACCAAAUUCUUUCAGAGGGAUGACGGCUUCCAGCAAGACCUCUACCAAAUAGCGCUGUUCCUGGCGGUCCUCUAUUUUGUUGUACAGUUCUUGAGGACAACCUUAUAGAUAAAAGCAAUUAGUUACCGUAAGUAAUGUAUGAGAACUUAUGCCUCAUGGAAACUGCUAGUCACUGCACUGCCAGUCCCUUUUGUUUUCUAAAUGGUAUAGUUGUCAUCCUGGUGUCCUUUAGUCACAUUAUGUUUGAUCCAAUAAUUGCCGACUAAUUAACUCGAAUGUAUAUGUAUGACCCCGUAAAACUUUAUGCUGUUCA